CUAUGGUCCGAACAUAUGAAUCUCUAUGGGUACGAACACAGAAUAGGAAAUUCUGUGGUACGAAGUUCUGUUUCUGCGGAGGACAAUGCCUCGGCCAAUUUCUACAGCAAACAGGGAAGGAAAGAAAUGGCAGCGAUAUACAGUAUUUACGUCGUGAAUAAAGCGGGCAGUUUGAUUUACCAGUUCAAUCAUUACGAGCCUAAGUCCGAAGUAGAGAAGACAUUUGGUUAUCCACUUGGCCUAACGCUGCGUGAAGUCGACGAAAAACUUGUUAUAGCGUUCGGAGGAGGGGAUGGCUUGAAAGUAGGCCACAGUCUUCUGGCAGUGAAUGGAGAGCUCCUUUCAGGAAAAUAUUUAGCAAAUGGUGAGGAUGCUCGAGAUUUCUUGAAGAAAGAAGAAAACUACCCUGUUUCUUUAAAGUUUGGAAAAUCCAAAUUGACGACAAAUGAAAGAAUUAUGCUAGCAAGUAUGUUCCACUCUAUGUUUGCUAUUGCUUGUAAGUUAUCACCAGUUGAAAAGUCAUCAGGUAUAGAGUCAAUUGAAGCAGACUCAUUCAAAUUGCACUGCUACCAGACACCAACUGGUACAAAGUUUAUUGUGCUUACUGAGCCAAGGGUGGCGAACAUGGACUCCUUACUAAGAAAGGUGUAUGAGUUAUAUGCUGACUUUGCAAUGAAAAACCCAUUUUAUUCCCUUGAAAUGCCAAUACGUUGUGAACUGUUUGAUGCAAAUUUGCAGCGACUGUUAGAGCAGACUGAAAAAAGCAUGAACUUUUCAGGAAUGAGCUAAAAGUAAUUAUAUCUUUUAUUAUUUAGAAAUCCAAGAAUAGAAGUAAUCUUUGUAAGUAUUGUAUUUUAAAAUUGUAGUUGAGUGAAUAUGUAUUACACUAGUUAAAGUAAA